UUACCUGGCGUGUAUAUACGGUUUAUUUUUCCGGAUAAUGUCAUCAUUUUGAUAAGAUAUAGUAAUUUUAGCAAUGAGGAAUUAAUGGAUGAGAAAGAUUUUGUUGGUGUGAUGGCUGUCUGUGUGCUCCAAUUCUUUCUUGUUUUGUCUGUUUCAAUGACCAACUCCUUCUCCAAUGCUCAAAGUGUCCGUGACCCUUGUCAUCACUCAGUGACCCAUCCAGGUGAGGGCCACAUCAUUGGAAAGAGGUCAGCGGAGGACCCGGGAACCCCGCAUGGAAAGGUUAUCAACUGUACAACAUCAGUUCCAUCGUCCAUAGCAAAAAGCACUGACGUUGCUAGCCACACCAUUCCAGUUCAUAGCCCAGUUGAAUAUACUGGUUCACAGACAAUAUCUCUAGCAACUGCAACAUUACCUACCUUGCAAGUUUAUGAAAAAACGGCAAUUUUGGCAUCAAGUGAGAGGUCCUCAGAUACCACAGUACACGAUGUAUCCAGGUCUUCAAUGGGAGCAAAGGAAACAAGAACAGUUCAAAUGAAAACAUCUUUUGGACAAUCACAGACCACAGAAGCAACCGUAACUUCGUCACUGGGGACACAGCUGACUACAAGAAAAACAACAAUCUCAUCAGCACCACCAACAACAAGAAAAACAACAGGUUUAUUACAUACUUUGACGUCUAGUAAACACUCAACAGUGACCACAAGAUUAACUACAAUUCAAGUAGCAGUGUCCAGCAAGGAUACCUCAGACAGUUUUGACCACGAGUUAGCCAUCAUCUUUGGGUCAAUGUUAGGAAUAAUGGUGUUGGGUUUGUUCUGUUUUGGGGUAUUUAGAUGUUACGGGAGGGAGAAAACGGAAUUCAUGAAAACGCAGAAUAAUUAUUCCAACAAAUUGUAA